AUGUUUCCAUUCUCCAUUGUCGAUGUUUUCCAGGAAUUUUCUUAAGAAAAUUAAUGCCUUUCGUAUGCACAACUUGUCACAGGCAAAACUUUUCAGACCUGAUGUUGGUUCCACCACCCCCCAUCCUCUCAACCCACCCCAAAAGAUAAAGUUCCUAUAAACUUGUUGCGCAAGCUGCAAUUGUCUUUUGCUCUAAGACCCUUGCUUGUAUUUAUUAUGCAGCUCAUGUUCACAUACUUGGAUGAAUCCUGUCCGCAACAUGCUUCAUUGACCACUUUCAAAAUGUACAUGCCAUCCCAUUUGGGGGUGUGAUGGAUAUGAAUAUGGUUAUGGAUAGGGCUAUCCUGGACGGUAUAUAAGCCCGGCAGCCAGUUGCUCCAUCCUUUCAGUUGCGCUUUCUCUGGGACUCGACACAGGCCACAAGACAAUUGCAGCUCCUAGGAGCGCCAUCACCUGUUGAGCAGCAUUUCCACGACGACCACAAGACAAGGAUGCAUUGGCUAGCACAUUUUCAGAUCAUUUUGCUAUGCAUAUGGUUAAUGUGCUGCAGCUCAAAUGCCAUGCCAUGCGACUCCUGUGGCAAAGAGUGUGCCAACGCCUGCGGCACUAAGCAUUUUCGAACCUGCUGCUUUAACUAUCUACGCAAACGCAAUGAUCCGGAUGAGCUGCGUCGCAGCUCCGAUCGGAGACUGAUUGACUUCAUAUUGCUGCAGGGCAGGGCCCUGUACACCCAGGAGCUGCGCGAGAGACACCACAAUGGCACCCUGAUAGACGGCACCCUCGGCCUACAGACCUACUAUAACUGAAAACCCCCCCUCACACUGACAAUGAUACGGAUACCCCCCUGAUACCGACUCCUCCACGAUUCACAUGACGAUCCACGGCUGAAUGCUUGAAAUGUUUGAGAUGUUAAUUUUCCAAUAAAGGCGCAAACUUCUUUGGGGCAAUAUGCUUUAUAAAGCAUUCUACUAA